GCAGAAGACAACCAAAGAAUUUAGAGAUCUUGCCAGUGCAAUACAUGAUAUGUUUUCCUUGACUCAGGAGGAGGAUAUUCCAGAGGAAGUACAACAUCGGUUAACCGUGUUGAACAAUCAUCGGGGCUAAGUAAAAUAGUAAACCUAGCCCGGAUAAUUAACAUAUACGUGGUCUCAUUUAUUGCCAUCCGUGCACCAUGAACCUAACAAGGAAAUCGGGUAUAAUUAAUGCACUGAGGAUGCUCUAUUGGAGCAAUAAUUACAUCCAAGAAAUUAGAACAGUUCUCGUCGCGGGGAAUAGACUACCAAAGACUGGUCGAAAACGUUGUACCUGUUGCCAGAAUAUCCGGGCAAUUAAUAUCGCAGAAUCUCAUUGGAGAGGUCACGCAAAGGCAAAAGUGGUGGACGGAUGGAGAAUUUACCCGGUUCAGCGAAUUCUAUUCUACCUCAAAGCCCUAUUUGGUCAUUGUGAGCCUAGCCCGGAUAAUUUACAUAUACGUGGUCUCAUUUAUUGCCAUCCGUGCACCAUGAACCUAACAAGGAAAUCGGAUAUAAUUAAUAGACUGAGGAUGCUCUAUUGGAGCAAUAAGGACAUCCAAGAAGUAUUAGAACAGUUAUCGUCGCGGGGAAUAGACUAUCAAAGACUGGUCGCAAACGUUGAACCUGUUGCCAGAAUCUCCGGGCGAUUAAUAUCGCAGAAUCUCAUUGGAGAGGUCACGCAAGGGCCAAAGUUGUGGACGGAUGGAGAAUUUAUCCGGUUCAGCGCAUUCUAUUCUACAUCAGAGCCCUAUUUGGUCAUUGUGAGGGAGUUCCUCUGGAGGAAAAAAGACGGGCAGCGGUUGUCUUAUUCCCUAACUUUCUCUGCUAUCUUUUGCAAGCUACCUUGAAGCUCAAGGCGGUGAAGUGUAAGUUGUCAUGAACCAGUUGAUUCCAAUAACUCGAGUUGUUGGGAGAAGGUUAUACUGGAUCAUAUACCACUCUCUAAUACGCCCCCUCAAACGAAAGCCAGUCACAAGGACUUGAAGUUUGCACAGUUCUGAAGACAAGAAUACCAUAUGCUUAACAAGUGGGGGUCACCGGGAAUCGAAC